AUGGCCGAACCAACAUUUUGGUAUCACACAAUUCCUGUGUGUUUAAUUUGUGCAUUAUAUUUGGCAUCAUUUUACCUGUAUCUUUGUGCAACAAAUUCGUUAAUCUAUUCCACUGUAUGUCUAUUACGAGCGAAUGAAUCAUUCUGUCAUGAUAUUGAUCGAAAUAAAACGUUGAGAAUACAAGAAGAAGCCAUUCAACGAGAAGCAUCACAAUGGUCAUUGUAUGGAACGAUAUGUUUUUCUGUGAUAGCAGCCAUCGUUUCACCCAUCUAUGGUUCACUAAGUGAUAUAAAAAAUCGAAAAUUUCCAAUAUUAUUAACGUUAAGCAAUGCCAUUAUAACUGGAAUAUUUGUAACCGUUGGUAGCGUAUUUCAAGGCAAAAAAUUAGCUUUAAUCCUUUAUCUAGUAGCAAAUAUAAUCAACGGAUUCGGAGGUGGAACGUUGUUGCUUAUAUCUUCAUGUUUUGGUUAUGCAACCGAUUUAUGUUCUCGCAAAGAAGAACAUGUACAAAAAAUUGCUAUUGUUGAAGCUUCAUUGAAUAUUGGAGUGAUAGGUGGCUAUUUAUUGUGUACAUUCAUUUUUGACGUACAUGGUAAAAUUUGGCAUAUAUUAUUGGUACAUAUUAUAUUAUUAGUAUUAGCUGUAUUAAUUGCUCUCAUAUUUUUGAGAAAAAAUACAUAUGUAUUCAAUAAUGUUGAACAAACUGAUACUCUGUCAUUCGGGCAAAAAUUAGCUCGACCAUUUAGAGAUAUUUAUGAUUUAAUACGGGAAUUAAAACAAAGCAAUUUAGUUUAUUCUUUUUUAUUAUUAUUAACGGCAUUAUUUUUCUAUGAACUAUUAAGAAUGGGAACAUCAGCAAUCAAUUAUCUUUAUUUACAUCAUUUAUCAUUUAGUGAUGGUGAAUAUUCGUUGUACUAUAUGGUAGAACAAACGGCAACUAGUCUAUGUUUACUAUUAUUAGCAACAGUAAGAAAACGAUUAUUGAUCAAUGAUAUGCAUUUGGCUAUUAUUGGCCUAUGUUUAUCGUUAGUAGGACCUCUCUUAUUUGCAUUAGCAUAUAAUAAAGCAAUGGUUUAUGGAGCCAUUCCUUCGACGAUGUUUACAAUUUAUUUUGCGGUCUGCUUACGAAAUGUAUUGUCAAAUAUGGUAUCUGAAUCGGGAAAGGGAAAAGCGUUUAGUUUUGUGGCAUUAAUUCAGAAUUUAGAUGUUGUUAUAGGUAGUGUGGCAUGUAUUGAAAUAUAUCGUUCCACAAUAUCAACGUUUCCCGGUCUCGUAUUUAUAUUUGGUAUUAGUGCACGUCUUGUUGCUUUAGUAUUAGUUUUAUGUCAAAUGUAUUGCAUUCAUCGUACACCACAAUAUCGUCAAUUUGAAACAAGAUCAUCAUUGAUUCAUGAAGACGUAGCAGCGCAUAAUUAUAAGCAUGUAAAUCAACUUAUUUCAAAUAAAUUAGCUUCUCCGACAAAUGAAACUCAAACUCAAACACAAAAUCAAAUGCAAUUACAAAUGAUGAAUGAAUAUCAUAUAACACAAUUAUCAAAAGAUUUAUUAGCAUCACAAAGAUCAUUACCAAAAUUUGAAAUGCCAAAAAAUUUUAAUGUUUCACAAAUAGAAUCAAAUUUAAAACGAUUUGGUGUAAAUUCAUUAGAAUUAGAUAAACAUGUUGAAGGUUUACCAUUAGAAUUAGAUGGUAAAGUAAACAAAGAUUUUCAUCGAGAAAUAUUUCUUGGUAAUCAUGAACUAUUUGAAAAUGAAAUGAUGAAUAAUGAAGAUGUAAGAAAAAGAAAAUUAACACAAAUAUUUCGAACUGCAGAUACCGAUGAUGAUAAUAAAUUAUCGAAGAAAGAAUUGCAAAAUUGGGUGCUGAAAAACAUCGAGACACAUACAAACGAAGCAAGAGACAAAAAUUCCCGAUUAUUUUUAUUGAUCGACGCAAAUAAAGAUGGCAAAGUAACGUGGCAUGAAUACUAUGCAUUAUAUAUCAAAUUUCAUGGAAUAAAUUCGACAGAUAUUAAAGAACUGGAUAAUUUAGAAUUUAUACAUAAUACUGUUACUGAUAAUUUUAAACGAGAACUAGUGAAAAUUCGUUAUCGAUGGACAGAUGCUGAUGUUGGAAAUGAUAAUGAAUUAGAUAUUGAUGAAUUUUUAGCAUUUCGUCAUCCGGAAAUAGCCGGACAUGCGUUUAAACAUAUUGUCGACGAUUUAAUACUUCAAAUGGAUAGAGAUGGAGAUGGUAAAUUGGUAGAAAAAGAAUUCGCUUUUUUGCCAUCAAAUGUUGUACUAGAAGAUGAAGGAAAUAAAGAAUGGGCAGACAUGGAUAGAAAAUGGUUAGAAGAACAAAAACGUGAAUUUCAGGAAAUGGAUGAGGAUAAGAAUGGCAUUGUUACUAAAGAAGAAUUACAGCAUUUUAUGGAUCCAAUGAAUAAGAUUCAUAUUAAUAGUCAAAUAAAUAAAUUAUUUGGAAAAGUUGACGAUACACCAAAAGACGAACAUUUAUCAUUAGAUGAAAUUCAAAAUCAUGCCGACGUGUUUGCAGACAUGAAAUUAUUGGAUACAGAACGAGCGUUACAUGAUGAAUUUUGA